AUGAAGCGAGCUACAUCUGGUGGUCUGAAGAGAGCAGAGAGGAGACAGGACAGCAGCAAGCAAAGAAGCAAGCAGUCCAGUGUUGAUGGUAGCAGCAGCACCACGCACCGCGCACCACGCACCACGCACCACGCACUAGGCACAACCACUACCAACGACAACAGCAACAACCUGGGCAGCGAGAGUUCGGCGGCGGCAUGCAGGAUGCGGCGGUCCUAA